UUCAGAAAAAAAGCCUGACACUUCUAUAGUUUAAUAGUUGAUACUCUUCCUACUAAUUACACUUGCACAUUUCUCUUCAAGUAUUUGAGAUCAACAUGAGGUUUUUAUCUCAAGAUUGGAUGCUUUCAUGGGCAAUCUUAGUACUAGUGUUGGUGUCAUGCACACCAUGCUUAUCAGCUACUAAUAGAAAUACCAAAAACAAUGUUAAAUCAGCUGUUUUUAUGUCACCUAAGAUUGAAUUAAGUCCAGGAUCAAUUUCAAACAAAUUCUAUUAUGAUGUUGAAUUUCCAAGGGGUCAUAUUGCACUCAAAAGUUUUAAUGCUGAACUAGUAGAUGAAUCAGGGAAUUCUGUACCUCUCCAAGAAACUUAUCUUCACCAUUGGAUUGUUCUAAAAUACCAACAACCUAAAAAUGUGACAAACAAUAACCAAACAGAUAUUAUUAUGGUGAGAAAUAAUGGAUUAUGCCAAGAUGAUAUUCUUGGACAAUACUAUGGCCUAGGGGCUGAAACUAGAGGCACAGAUACAUAUAUUCCUGACCCUUAUGGAGUAGAAAUUGGUAAUCCUUCACAAAUUCCUAAAGGGUAUGAUGAAAAAUGGAUGAUCAAUGUCCAUGCAAUUGAUACAAGGGGUGUGGAAGAUAUAAUGGGGUGUAUUGAGUGUAAAUGUGACCUAUAUAAUGUUACAAUAAAUGCAUUAACUGGAAAACCUUUAAGUCCAAAUUACAAAGGAGGUUUAGGAUGUUGUCCUGAUAAUGGUCAAUGUAGAUUGAGGAAAGGCUUUUUGGGCACUAAACAUGUCCUUUACCUAAAGUAUACAAUUAUGUGGGUUGAUUGGGAUGAUUUUGUGGUGCCAGUUAAGAUUUACUUACUUGAUGUGACUGAUGAUUUAAAAAUAUCAUAUAACCCUAAUGGAAUGAGCAUCAAACAUAAUUGCAAGGUUGAAUAUCAAGUUAAACCUUGCACCAAAAGCCAUGUGAAUGGUAGUGGUUGUGUUAAUAUCAAGAGAACAAGUGUCCCAAUAAAAACUGGUGGUUAUAUAAUCUACAGUGCUGGUCAUCAACAUGUAGGUGCGAUUAGAUCAACUCUAUAUGGACAGGAUGGGAGGGUUAUAUGCAACUCAGUCCCAAAAUAUGGAACUGGAAUGGAAGCAGGAAAUGAGAAAGGGUAUGUUGUAGGAAUGUCAACUUGUUACCCUAAACCAGGUUCUAUCAAGUUAUUUGAUGGUGAAAUUUUAACACUAGCAAUUGUCUACAAUAAUAGCAUAAUGCACACCGGAGUAAUGGGACAUAUGUAUUUCUUGGUGGCAGAAAAACUACCACACCAUCAUAUGUGACAUUUAAUCCUGCUUAAGAUCAUGUUAAAAGUGGAUUAAGGACUAUUUUGUUUGUCUGAAUAAGUGGUCAGAAUGAGAUGUUGUAAUGGCAAUUAGUAUUAUAUCUUGUACUAGUAAUUGCAACUUUAGGAUAAAUCUUUUGUUUGACCUCAUUGUUAAUGUAACAAUCAGUGUAAUACAUUUAUAUUUUCAGUCAUAUGUUGGUGAAUGGUGAUACUUUGUAAAAGAUUUAUACUAAGCAUAUUGAUGCGUUAUUUCAAAGA